AAGCAACCGAACCUCCUGGCCCCCAUGGGCCAGGGGUCCAGAUCGAGACCACCCCCACUGCCUCCCGCUGCCGACCCACUAAAAAAAGAACGAUCUUCGUUGCUGCCAGAACAGCCAGCAACUUCCAACGAGCAGAAUCAUAAACGGUUUUACCUGGACGAGACGGAGUAGUUACAGAAAGCAAAAAUGGGCAACCCGCCAUUAUCCCAAGCGAACUUGACAUGGAAUUGGAACCUGACGGGCAAAACAACCACUGCAAAACAGGGCAACCGAGCACAGCAGAAGCGCGAGCGCAACGCCAAGGACGCAAAGAGCGCGCCGAAAUCGCAGCUCAAAGUUAACGAGAAUGCCAAAAACAUCCAGUGCGAGAUCUGCAAGUCGACCUUCUUGAUGACCACGCGAGAGCCCCAAUUGCUCCAGCACGCCGAGAACAAGCACAGCAAGACGAUUGCCGACUGCUUCCCGACAUAUGGCAAAUAGAUGCGCUUCUUUGCUGGACACAGGAAUUGGCUACUAGGGAUGGGCCAAUGGUGUUGGGAGCAGGGAGUUAUCUAGGGGGCAUUUGUGGCUUUUGGCUUUUUCAGCGACCGUCUGUUCCUUGUUCAAUGGAAUCGAGUUUUCGGCUGGCUUCAGGCUGGUAUCAAGUUUCUCUAUAGAGCAAACUUUUGAAGAACUGCUCAACUUUGGGGUCACUGGGCGCAGUCGACUUGAUAUGCGCACGAUGGUUCGGGGGUGCCGCUUGCACUCUUGUCAGGAUCACUGCUCAGGACAUUGCGGCUGUUUGCUUGACUGGGCCGAUAUGAGGAACAAGAUUGAAACGAAUUCACGACUUGGAAAAAGCUCUGUAUUCAAGGCUUUCUGUUUGUAGCCUUUUUGCACGCUGUCCCUCUACUUGCCGCAUCGGGAAUAUCUCCCCCUCCUUUCCCCAUGCCAAGAAAUCAACCGAAAAGUGCUCUCAAACAGCCUGCGCAUCACCCCUGAGCUUGUCCACCCCAGGCGCCGUGCUCGUCCCAGCCCCUUGCCUACCGGCAAUCCUCUGCUCUUCCCUGAUGCUCGCCAGAAUAUCGGGAUACCACCGCUCGCCCACGUCCGGGUGGCUCUUUACACGGUUCCUGAGCGUCGCCUCGCCAAGCGUCGUCGCGACCCCUCCCGUGCGGAACGUGAACUCGACGUCGUCCAGCCUCUCGCCGCUCCCCUCCAGCAGCACUUUCCGGCGCUGCUCGCGCACCUCUUCCGGCACGGCGCGGCCCAGCCCCGCCUUCUCGAGCUCCUCGAACUCGGUGUCGAGCCUGACGCCCUGGAAGAAGGGGAUGGAGAAGCGGGCACCCUCCCCGGCGGCGGGCGAUAGGACGCGGUGCGUGGUGCUCGCGCACACGCCGCCCGUCAGCGCCUCGAGCCCCUGCCCGAUGGCGACGACCAGCGUGCCGUCCACGGGCGGGCAGUCGACCCAGUCGCCGCGGAGGUUCUGCACCUGCAGGCCGCGGUGCCCGCUGGCCUGGAGCAGGUAGCUCGUGUACAUGCUGUCCUUGUGCGGGCCGACGCCCUGCCUGGCCGCCCCGUCGGCGCCCAGCUCCCCAACGUCUGGGUACUUGACGAUCUUGAGCUUGUGCUGCUGGUCUUGGACGUUGCGCUCAAAGUAGCGCUCAAAAGCCGACGCCGGCAGCCCGAUGGCCUCGGCCACCAGCGCCGUGAAGCGCAUCGAGACGGCGCCCAUGGCCUUCAUGUACGCCGUGAAGGUGUCGCGGAACCCCGGCAGCGCCGCCUCGUCUGGCCACUGGUUAGGGCCGAGGAGGUUGUAGUAUCUCGGUGUGCCGGGCGCCGUCGGCACGACGUGCUCGGUUGACAGGUCGAUCUGCUCGCGGUGGUCGACCGCUCCGGCCGUCACCUCAGCCGAGAGCCGGCUGUAGCCCAGAAACGACGGCGCGUUCUUCAUUUCGAUUUUGAGUUUCUCGUCCAGCGGCAGGUCAAAAAAGGCCCGGCCGUGGGAGAUGGCUGACGCAAAGAGUGAAUCCGGGAUUCCAACAUUUUUGAGGUACAAGAAGCCAACCUCCAUAAGGGCGGAGCGCAGGUCGGCGAGGAAUGCUGGUUUCGUCGUUGGCGACGAGGCCAGGGAGAGGUCAAGCACAGGGAUGGAAGUAAACGACAUCUUGGAGUAUUGUGAAAUCGGCUCCUUGAUCGUAUGGUAUGAGUCUUAUGCUUUAAAAGUAUAAAAAAAAAAAAAAAAGAAGACCUUGAAUUAAAUCACCCUGAAACCCGGGACUUUGAUGUUCCAGACGCGCGCGAAAAGGGAUUGGUAUGAAGGUCGGGAUCGCCACUUUAAUUGUAUCUUUCAGGUAUAGGCGGCUGAAUAGCCACUAGAUAAUGCCAAGUUACUUUAUGACAUUUAAAUCGUCAAUGAACACAGAGACAGACAUUUGACAAGGGAACAAAAGAAAAAGAAAGAGAAAACGGAUGAGAUGAAUGUGAACUAGAAAUUCAAGUAUUAACUCCAGAACUCGCUCCAGAGUCUCAAUGAGGAUGCAUGUACGAAAAAUCGCUUUUAUACCCCUUUGUCUUCGGCUUUACAACAUGGCGUAAUGGGGUUAGAAAUCCCUUCCCCGCAGUCGCGCAAUUCAACCGCAGCACAAGCACAGACCUGCCCACACAACUAUACUCCCGACAUCGGAAGCAAAGCUAACCUCCCUAACUACGAACCUACUUGAGGUACCUUAGUUAGGUAAGCGACGCCUCUGGUCAACCAUCCAAGACGAACACAAAUAAAAAUCUCGAUAGACGGUCUCAAGCGGAACUAGAAACCGGUUUGGAUGAAAUCAGCUCCGAGACUUGGUAGAAAAGAUCCUCAAUCGGCGGCAGCGCAAAUGCAGGGGCACCGUCAAAGAUCUGUGUCAGCUUCUCAGGCACUAAUAUUGCGUUGUGCGUCUCCAUGUCUUCCAUAUCGUCCGCAUCAUUAUCUUCGUCCAUUGCGUCGCUGGUUCCGCUGAGUUGCAACAGCAUUCUGUUGCUAUCGGGUUCGUCCUCAUCGUCAACUUCCAUUGCGUCUUGGUCGUUAUUAUCUGGCACUUUGUCCAGCUGCAAAUCUGAUAGCGGUGCCGCGAGCGGAUUCAUUGCCGUUGCCUGGAUAACUGCGAGUACAUGUGCGGCAGAAUCAACUGCGACGAACCCAGCAGAGCCAGGAACAGCGAGUAACGAGAUGACUAGGUUUGGUAUGGCCUGCACCAGGACUGGUCGGUCUUCUUCAAGCGUGAAGACUGCGACCUCCGACACAACACCCUUCUUGUAGCUUGGCUUGUCUGACUUGUAGAAUACGGGCACCGCGAGGGCAAAUGUCUUUGAUCUUUUGUCCACUGCUAAUUGUGUCAUCUGCAGCUUCAGGUUCGGGUUGGGGUCGUCAAACGUAACGUUGUACCGAAUUGUAUCCUCAACAACAUCAUAGACAACGACGCUGCCGGCUAAUAUGAUCAGACACGACCCAAGUAUUUGCAAGCUGCGAACCUCGCCUUCAAAUAGUUGGUUUACUCUGUUGCGUAUCCGACCAGAAGAUGCGUCGAUGAUAUACAGCACCACUUCGUCAGGAAGACCAUAUGCAACAAACAAUGUCGAGCCAUCGUCGGAGAAAGUCGAGGCACCUGAUGGCUUGAAAUUCAGGGGCUCAUCCGCAGAGUCAACCUCAAUCUCCGUGAUGCUGGUGUUGGAGGCCAAAGGAAUCUCCUGGACACAAGUCCAUCCCUCCACCGUCUCAGUUGCGACUUGUGCUCCCUUUCCCUUCGCCACUAGAGCAUUGGCGGGCGUUUUGCUAGAUUGUUGUGAAAACGGCCCCCACAGCCGAACUUUGCCAUCUGCGCCGACUGUGCUGAAUAAAGAUGUCCUCGGGCUAGCUGCCAAGCUCAGAAUCGACUCAGGUCUUGUCGAGAAAUGCGCCUCAUCAAUACGUGAUAUUAGCUCCAUCUGACCACUGUCUUCCGCGCCGACCUUCCAGAACUUGAGGUGGAUCUCCUUCCUCUCCUGGCUAAGUGACUCGGCUGCAUGUUUGUCCUCGGCAAUCGGUUCCAGAUCGCGGACCGGUGGCUGCCAUUCAUCGACGGAUGCCAGCCAGUCUCCUUGAUGUGAGAAGGACAUGUGCGAAACCCAAGGCUCGGUGACAGGGUAGCCUUUCGGGGUGAUGUUGUUUUCGGUGGGAUUAGUGCGAGCUAGAGGUUGCUUGGAUAAGCUCUGGAAAGUUGAGAAAUCAAAUACUUGUACUGAAGAAGCUGACGGGGUAGAAUCAGUAUUCAUCGCCGACUGGCCGUUGCCGACGCUCAAAUAAAGCCGUGUGGGCUCCUUGGGAUUGAUGGCGGCAGUGAGCGGUCUGGUGAUCUGCUCAACUGGCUUCCAGACCCGCCGAACAGCCUUGUCUCUCUUCUUCUUGCCACUCAAGACUAGAGACUGGAGACCUGAUAUAUACGUUGUGGGCGUCAUUUCAGACGUGGAGAGAAUCAUGGCCGAAUUGUCGUCAAGGGUAAUGGCGUAUGAAGAUCCCAGAGGUGAAACAACAAUGUUGUUGACGCAGGCUGACAAAUGGGGGAGAUACUCUCUCCUUCCUGUAUCAACCUGCCACAGAACCAAGGUAUUCUCAGUGCCUCCAGAAAUAAAGGAACUUACCAUCGAGAGACCACUUGACGCUGUGCACAGCGCGGGGGUGCCAAUGAUAUUGCCUGGGCUGGAUCCGCUCAAUAGAGCCAGACUUUUGGAGGUGAGAAAGAACGUCGUUAUACGCGUAUAUCGAGCCCCUGACGGUUCCAACAACAACAUCUAAAACCAGGCCAGCCUCAGCUGCUCCAGAGUUCUGUUUCGACUUCGGCUUUUUUGGUGUGGAAGUUGUUUUCUUCGAACCCAAUUUUACGUCAAGAGAACACACAUCAUCCGGGGCUUCAAGGACGUAGGUCUCGCUUGACACAACAAACGCAUUGGUCGAAUCCUUUUCCAGUCUUAGUUUCGCAAUCAGCAGUCUGGCAUCCAUAGCACCGACAACAGUGCAGCCAUCAGCUGUGGCCCUGAGAAUGUGAACAUCUCCAGGGCAGCUGUUCAGCUCGUAACGAUCAGCUCGUCCCGAGGCAGUGGCAUACGCCACGAGCUGUGAGGUUCCCUUGGCAGAGUUCUCGGACGUGAGGAGAAGCUCCUGGUCUUUGGAACCAGUUGGGUUGAUAGCCUGCAUCGCCGACACCUUGGAGCCAGAUUUGGUGUGAAUUGCUGCGUCUCCCGUCUCCCAGUUGACUUUCCAGAUAACUUGCCAGUCGUCGGCUACCCACACCACCUGGGACUCGAUCAACGAAGGAACAGCGGCCGAGACUCGCGGGGCGCCGCUGGACUUGGAGUGAGAUUUGCUGCGAUUUCGUAGCGGUUUUCCGAUUGGUAUCCUCCUGACGAGGAGUGAAUCUUCUGUGGAGUAGACCUGGAUCGAGGUUUCGUACGCGAGAACGAUAUACUUCUCAUCCUGGCUGAGAAUGGGCUCUACAUCAGCCAGACGACCGCCCAUGGGUUCCGAAAUCUUCCAUGUUGCCGCCAGAGCUGCCGCAGGUACGAGAGCCUGCUCCUCGGUGUCACUUUCUUCCUCAACUUCUGUCUUCACCAAGGCCAUGCUGGUUUCAUCAUCCUCGGCUUUGGGUAGAGCUGAAGCUUCAGCAUCGCUUGUUCGGAGCUUGGACUUUGAUCGAUGUCGCUUUGAAGUCUUCUUCUCGCCCUGCUCCGCCUUGUCUCGCUUCCGCUUGCCCUUGGCCAUGGCCGGCGAAGGCACGUCUUCUACUGCAGACGAGUCCAUAACUGGAUCUGUGGCAGAGUGGGCCUUUUUACGGUGAUCGCCUGCAAAACGACUGAUGCGUGGUUAAAAGUGAAAAGGGAGCUCGUGCAAAUAUUCU